AUGAUCAAUGACCACAACAAAAAAUUCACCUUGGAGCAUGCUUGGCGAGAUCUUAGAUAUGAUCAGAAGUGGUGUGCGUCCACAUCUACUAAAGGGAGUGGAGUGAAAAGGACAUGGGUGUGUGAGAAUGGUUUUGUAGAUCCUUCAAGCUCCCAACCGGUGGAUUUCGAGGCUGAGCCAAUGAUGACCCGUCCUCCUGGUGUUAAGGCUGCAAAGAGGAAGGCCAAGAAGAACAUCAACACUAAAGCGGAUGUGGAGGGAGAUCUGAAAGCUUUGUUGGAGUUUCAGAUGCAAGAGGUUGAGCGGAUGUAUGAGAUGAAGCAAAAUGAUUUUGCUUUGAAAGAGAUGGAGUUUGCUAUGAAAGAGAAGGAUCACAAGCAUGUCAUGCUUCAAAAUCUCAUAGCAAAAAAAGAUUCAUUUACUGAAUCGGAAAAAGCUUUAAAGGAAAAACUUAUUGAUGACAUGUUGUCAUAA